AUGGCGGAUUCUGCGAAAGGCGAAUUCCAGGAGUUCAAGAAAAUGAAAGUAUGGGUUGAGAAGAAAUCUAGAUGCAUGGCGUUGUACGCAAGAAGGUUAGAUGUCACUUGGGGUUUCCCUCCAUACUGGGUUUGGAAUUGUUACAGAGAAACAAGUGAGGACAACGUCGAGGUAGUCAAGCUAUCGUCUGUAUGCUUUCUGAAUGUGAGAGGACAAUUCAAGAUGUCAGAGCUCUCAGCAGGAGUUGUUUACAAAGUCAAAUUAACAAAUGGAGCAUUUGGAUGGGAACUCCCUGUUACUGUUAAGAUCAGAUUCCCAGACGGAACAGAGCAAAAGCGGCAAUAUAGUCUGUUUCAGAAGCCGAGAGGGCAGUGGAUAGAGCUUAGUGGUGGUAGUUUUGAGGUUAAGGGAGAAGAAACUGGAGAAGUGUGGUUUGAUCUUUGUCAACAUGGGGGACACUGGAAGAGAGGGCUUAUCAUCCAAGGUAUCAUCAUCAAGCCGGCUGAAAAGAUUGACUAG